AUGUCUAAACCUAGACCUUUAAAACUUAGGGCAUCUCUAUCUAAAAAUUUCACAUUCGGUGUAGAAUUCGAGUUUGGCCUCCGCUUUGUAAAGAAACCAUUUUCAACCCCUCCGAAGAAUUGGGAAUUUGUCAAAGAUACUUUGAUGGUCGCAACCGGGUUUGAGAUUAUGACAGAUCAUGAAAUAAACGACCUUGAUCGUCAUGGGCCCGAAGAUAUUCAUCCAUCAGAGGAAUAUAAAACAUGGACUAUCGGCUCGGAUUCAACCUUAUAUUUUGAUGAUGAAAAGGGAAAAGACCUCCUGGAGUAUAUCCCUAUUGAAAUGCGAUCACCAGUCUUGAAAUUUAACCCCGAUAGCUUGAAGGAAAUUCAUAAAAUGCUGACCGCACUCAACACCAAUUUUAAUGUUGUGGUCAACCGCUCAUGUGGCCUCCAUGUUCAUGUUGGCAAUGGAACAGAAGGAAUGUCAGUUGAGCCUCUCAAACAUCUCAUGGCAACUAUCUGGAUUUUUGAAUCUCAAAUCUCAUCCCUUCUUCCCAAGUCACGAAGUCUGCUUUCCUGUCACUCUGCACCACUUCAUCAAUGCUCCAACCUUGGCGUACGUGGGUUUGAAGGGGAUUUACUUGAUGUGCCGUUCAGUCCAUCUACUAUCAAUGAAGUGGUAACGAUGUUCGAAGGUUAUGCCAAAAGUUUCCGUUUGGCGUACUUAAUUGGAGGACUCAGACAACCUUUUGAUGAACCAGUCAAGAGAACCAUCGAGUUUAGACAGCAUGAAAGAACCACGGAUCCAGAAACAUUUAUGAACUGGGUGAGUUUUGUUGUUGAGUUGGUGGUCUGGGCUUACAAGGUUCGCCGUCAAGAUUUGAAAAUCAUUCUCUCGGACUACCUCAAUCAGAGAGAAGGGUAUUCGGUGGAAUAUCUCUUCAAAGAAAUUGGUUUCCCAGAAUCAACCGUUAAAUUCUACCGGAUAAAAGUCGGAAGAGUAGAGGAAGCUGAAAAGGAAGAAGCUAGAAGGGAGAAAGCUGACAGGGACGCUAUUGGCAUAUCAUCAUUUUCUUAA